AUUCAUUCAACAUUUUCAUUGCUUACAUUCUUCCUCCUAUUUCAAUGGCUUCACUUCCCAAAAGGCUUGAAGGAAAAGUGGCGAUAAUCACCGGAGGAGCUAGCGGCAUCGGAGCCGCCACCGCCAAACUAUUCCUCCAACACGGUGCGAAAGUGAUCAUUGCAGACGUGCAAGAUGCUUUAGGCCACUCCCUCUGCAAAACCUUCAGCACCAACACUCCCAUUCACUACCUUCACUGCGACGUAACAAGCGACUCGGACGUCAAAAACGUGGUCGAAGUCGCCAUAACCAAAUACGGAAAACUCGACAUAAUGUUCAAUAAUGCCGGCAUCUCGGGAGACUCGAACAGAUCCGUAAUAGAAUCCGAUGAGGAAAAUUUCAAAAGAGUUUUCGAGGUUAAUGUGUACGGAGCUUUCUUGGGCUCCAAGCAUGCGGCGAGGUUCAUGGUUCCAGCGAAGAGAGGGGUGAUUCUCUUCACUUCGAGCAUUGCUUCGCUUCUGGGUGGCGAAACGGCGCAUGCUUACGCCGUUUCAAAGCAUGCGGUGGUGGGGCUGAUGAAGAACCUGUGCGUUGAACUGGGGCAGCAUGGAAUCAGAGUGAAUUGCGUUUGUCCAGGUGGCAUUCCCACUCCGAUGCUGAACAAGGCGUUGAAGAUGAACAAGAAGGAGACACAGGAAUUGCUGUGCAAGGUUGCGGUGUUGAAAGGGACGGUUCUUGAAGCUGAAGACAUAGCAAAAGCUGCAUUAUAUUUGUGCAGCGACGAGGCGAAGUUCAUGAGUGGAGUUAACCUUGUUCUGGACGGUGGUUAUAGCACCACCAACAUGUCAUUCACUUCAGUGCUGAAUGGUCUCAUGGAUAACUACACCAACAACAUCAACCAUGCUUAAUCAUGGCUACCAAUAUCCCUUUCUGCGCAUUUUCUCCUUCUACUGAUAUAUGCUGAAAUAAUUAAGCUAUAGUUUAUCUAUUUUCUCA